AUGAAACAGGACCAUCAGCUUUUGAUGGCUGUGGAAGGUUCAUCUAUUCCUCAGCCAGAUGCAAAGUCCCUUCUUACCGGCAUCAAUAACAUCCUGGUCAGUAAGGAGAUUCGGCCAGUCGUCAGCCUGAAUUCGCCCACCACCGUCAGCACUUCCUUCGUACUCUAUGGAAUUCUGGAUGUGGAAUGGUACAUUGAGAACUUCAGCUGGGACUCUUCACAGUGUGGAACAGAAAGAAUUUCUUUGCCCAGAGAAAAAUUAUGGGUCCCAGAUAUUCUGAUCAACGAGUUUAUGGACGAAGAUCGAUCUCCAAACGCUCCUUUCAUAUACCUGCUAAAUGAUGGUCAUGUGAUCGACACGCGCCCUGUCAGAGUGGUCAGCUCCUGCAACCUGGACAUCUACACCUUCCCCUUUGAUGUGCAGAACUGCUCUCUCACCUUUAACUCCUUCAUGCUCAUGGCUGCUGAUCUUCAGUUGAAACUGGGAGCAGAAGCUGAGGAAACCCUGGAAAUGUCCAGGAUGGCUCUGGAGACGGUGGGGGAGUGGGAACUGAUCGACAUCACAGCUGACGACACCAUCGAUGAAAUCUCUUAUGAAUUAUUUGACGAGGUCAUCUACUAUAUCAUUCUCAGGCGAAGGCCAACAAUGUACGUGGUGAACCUGCUGGUGCCCAGCUGCUUCCUCAUCACAGUGGACCUCUUCAGCUUCCUCCUGCCCCCCCAGACUGUGGACCGCUCCUCCUUCAAGAUGACCCUCAUCCUGGGCUACACCGUCUUCCUGCUCAUCAUGAACGACUUGCUGCCCAUCACCGGCAACAGAAUCCCCUUAAUAAAUGUGUUCUUCUCUAUCUGCCUGGCUCUGAUGGUGUGUAGUCUCCUGGAGACAGUUCUGAUCACCAACAUACUGUGCAAUUCUAGUCAGUACCCCUCGGUCCCUCGAUGGAUCCGUGUGAUAGUCCUGCAGUACCUGGCCCGACUCGUCUGUCUUGAUCACUCAGUAAUGCUAACCAGUGUUUUCCUCCUGUUCCCUGCUGCCUCAGUAGAGAAUAUGGAGGCAAAGCCUGGCCCCAAUGUUACUGCAGAGCCUCAGUCCGAUGAUCUCGUCCUGGGACAACUGAAAAGGCUUGGCCAGGACGUCCUGGCAAUCCGUCAGCAAGUGGAGAAACAUCUUGCAGAUAAUGAAACGGCUGAGGACUGGAUCCAGAUUGGAAACGUCAUCGAUCGACUUCUGUUCUACCUUUACAUUUUUUUUAUCAUUGUCAGUUUCAUCACCAUUUCCGUGAUCUGGAUAAAGUGGUACAGCCUGUAGCUGUUAGCCUUUAGCCUGCAGCAAGGCAUUAGGAAGCCACACAGCUCCCAGGCCUGAACGUAACCGUGGUGAAAACAGCAGGUGGCUCCCAGUGUGCAGCCUAUGAGGCAGUAAUCUCAUGCUCACUCUAAUCUUAUGUUUGUUUGCAAUAUUUUUUUAAGUGAAUAAAACACUCAUAGAAAAAUGAUCAGUUAGGCUUCAAGAUAUUACAAAAUAAUGCCAGCAUGCCCAAAUGGUAAGGGGAUGUCUGAGUAAGAAAAUGAGAAAGGAAAUAUGUCUUUUCUAAAAGUACAGAUCUUGUGUACAGGACAAAAUAACAGAUUUUGCUACAUUUAACUGAAUAUACAUUUGUGUUAUACUGUAUAUAGGCAAACCAUGUUUGAAUAUGAUCAACAGUUCCACUGCUAUGCAAUAAUAUAUUUUUUAAUAGAUUUUACAAGUGUUUUGUAAAGGAUCAACUCUACAGUUCAGCUGUCCCUCUAAGACAACAUCCUUAUUUACUUAGGCUGAGCAGACAUCUGGUUUUGGGGACUGUUAGUCCUGGUGGGGGUGUCAGAUUGUCUGACCGGUGCUUCUGAGGCUGACGGUAGUUGAGGAGCUGCUUCUCUGAUCCAUCGCCAGGGUUACAGCAGGGACUGCGUUCGAUGGCCUCUGAACCCCUGCCCACUGCCCAGGUAAAGGCCAGGCCAGGCAAGUUUACUCAUAUAGCGCCUUUCAACGGAAUCUCUGCUGCCACUCCUGCACCUGAUAUUUCACUGCUUCCUCCUUUUCAUGGUUCCUUGUGUGUAAUCUGAUGCUUUGAAUGAUGAAAACAAAGAGCUUCACUUUUCUUAUUCCAUUGUGAAGUGCUGUGUGACAGCCAGUUUGUAAAUGGUAAAAUAAUAAAGAUUGACUGGUUCAAUGAUUGACUGAGUAAUUAACUGAUCUGAGACCAGGACUGUGUUGUAC